AUGUCGCGAAACGACCCCGUGCUCGAGAUACCGCUCGCGGAGUUUGGCAUCUUGGACGACCCGUCCGAGCGGACGACGUGGUCGAGGCAGUUAGGUCGCGCGCUCGUCGACGUCCACAGGCGCUCGCGAGCGAGUGAUCCCGGGCUCACGGAGACUAUGAGAACGUACGCGAUGACGCUACCGAAAUUCGGCGGCGAAGCGAUCGGAUUAGCGAACAACCCCGACGUCGCGUCCGCGCUCGCGGACGCGUGGGACUGUCGAGAGGCGGUGUCGGACAUGCAGACUUUCGGAGAGCAGAUCAGCAAUUCGUACGAGCAGGAGCUCGCGCUCGACCCGACGUUGCGGGAAGAUGAGUGGAGGUGGGCUCUUUCGAUGGUGCACUCUCGAACGUUUCGCAUCGAGGAUGAAUACGGGCGACGGGCGACGCGCAGAGCUCUCAUAGCCGCCGCCGAUUUACUCAAUCACUCCAGCGUGCGAGGGGAGGUGAACUGCGAUUGGUCGGCGAAUGAUGAUUAUUUCGUCGUCACGACGACUCGAGACGUGCGCGCAGGGGAGGAGCUGUGCAUUUCGUACGGCGAGCAAUGCGAUAGACACUUUGCGUUAUUCUACGGGUUUCUUCCUUCGCAGAACCCUUUCAAUCGCGUCAAACUCUUCUUUAACGGCCGAGAGGCGUUGGAUUGGUACCAAGAGUUGUGUGGGGCGGCUUCGGAUGCACCCGGGUGGUCAAAUGAAAAAGAACGCGUGGUGAAGCUGGUGUGCGACAAAUACGGGACGUACAAGAUGGACAAAAGCACGGGACUCCGACGCCGAGUAAUCCAGGAUCUCUAUCUGGGAGAAGGUGGCAAGGUGAGUGAUGCCAUGCUUCUGCUGUUCAAUGAGAUGUGCGGGGACGAAGAGAUGGCCAUCGCCGCGAUUCGCGAGAGGGCAAGUGAGCUGAGGGCGAACAUGUUGAAUACGACGGAACGCGUUGAAGCCGCACUUGCGGGCAGCGACGCGUAUUCGCAAAGUCUUGUUCGCGAGUAUCGACGAAGGAAGAUUGAUCUGCUCUCGCACAUUGUUUAG